UUCUACUUUUUCGUGUGUCGCAUCGAUACAAUUUGAACACAACGUGCGCUGGUUCCUUAAAGCUACCGUUUAAUCCAAAUCAGUUAGUCUUUGAAAGCGGUCGUCGAAACAAAUAUUCGGUUGUUUUGUGUAACCGUUCCAAAUAGAAUUGUUUGAUCAAAAGGAAUAAAUAGAAGCGUUAGAAUCAAAUUGAUUCCAUUGAUUUUGUUUGUUGUUUAUUUUCUUUUUUUUUUGGUUUAGUGAUGAUAGUAUUUACCGUCAAUUCAUCGUUCUAGCGGAUAUUUGUUGACGGAUUUUUUGUUUGUUUGUUCGGAGUGAAAUAAUAAAAAUCCCAAUCAGAAUAUUUUUUUCACAGUGUGAUUUUGUGAACGGAAAAGGAUCAAGUCAAAGUACUUCAGGAUUAAUUUGAUAUUGCACUCGGUGAAAAUAUGACGACUACGAGUCAACCAUCAACAACAACGGUCACAGCUACGGUACCGCCAGCUCGGAAUGAACCAACUCAGAUCAAAUCAGAUGUCGAUGAGAAGGUGGCCAAUUUGAGUGCGAAACGAGAUGCGAGUUGGCCAUCGGUUCUGUUUUACAUACAUUUAAACAUACUCGGCCUGUACGGGAUUAUGGUGCUCUUCACAAAUGCCUACUUUACAACUGUGAUAUUUACAGUCUUUUUAUCAUUCAUCGGUAUCAUCGGUGUGACAUGCGGUGCACAUCGAUUGUGGGCACAUCAAACAUAUGAAGCCAACACAUUCCUUCGAUUGUUUUUGAUGUUGUGUCAAACAAUGGCCGGUCAGGGAUCAAUAUAUGAUUGGGUUCAAUAUCAUCGCUUGCAUCAUCGUACAUUUAAAACAUCCGACGAUCCAUAUUAUAGCGAAAAAGACUUUUUGCAUGCUCAAGUUUUCGCGCACAUUCGUAAUUUAAGCCCCAAACAAGAGUAUUUGCUCAAACAAGUGGAUAUGAAAGACUUGGAAGCCGACAAAAUUGUUAUGUUCCAGAAAAAGUUCUACUGGAUUCUCUAUUUGAUUUUCUUCGUACUAUUGCCAAUCAAUGCACCGUUAGAAUAUUGGGAUGAUUCCAUUCAAGCCGCAUUGUUCGUCACAUUUUCGUUGCGAUAUUUGAUUGUGUUGAAUAUUUCAUGGCUCAUAACAUCGGCUCACUUCAUCUGGGGAUUGGACAAAAAGCACAAGCCAUCCGAUUCGAAUAUGAUUUUCUUGGUAACAAAGAGCUACUGGCCACAAUACCACUAUUUACUUCCAUUCGACUAUCAAACCGGUGAAUUUGGAAAUUAUGGCUCUGGAUGCACAACCGCAUUGAUUCGAGUUUUUGCUGCACUUGGACUGGCCGAAAACUUGAAAACGAUGACAUCGGACGCAUGCAAAGUUGGCCUAUCUCGUUCGGUCGAUACCGGAUGUCCUCUUGUUGACUGCCUCACCGACGCUGGAAAAGAAUCAAUGGAACGACUUCCCAGAAACCACUACCUUAAUAAAGACAAAUAUUUCUAAUGCACGCAAUACAUACAUGAAAAUGCGCAUGAAAAAUCCAAAAAAAAAAAAACAGUAAUAUCAUUUCUCUAAAUUAUAAAAUCUUUUAUUUGUAGAAAAAAUAUCAUUGGUUCUGUCUGUACCAAUAAAAUGACACAAUAAAUAAUUCAACAAUUCGCUUAGUCAAACUUCUAAGAUUCGACUCCAGACUAAAUCCUUGACUUCAUCUAAGGAGCUAUUGAUUUUUUUUUGUAAUGAAUCUCUUCCAAAUGUCUCUUGUCUCAUAUAAACAAAAGUGUGUUUUUAUUAAGGUUGUUAGAAAGUUUGUUUAAAUAAAAUGCAAAUUUUUCCAGAAAA